AACUUCCCUAAAAUGCAGAUCCUAGCUUCAUUCUUGUCUAUAGCUUGUAAUCUGGCGUUCUACGGGAUCGAUCUUCACCCUGUUAAGCUUUUCAUUGGUGACUUUCGCUACCGAUCUCUAUCUCUUCCUGCUGGCUCAACGAAUUAUGCACAUAGAGAUGGGACAUCUUUAGGAUUUUUGACACCGACUUCUUCCGUUCAGCCUUACUAUGAUGGCCAUCUCCAACCCAAACUGGUAUCCGGUGUCUCUAGCCAACGCAGCACCUCAGAAAAAGUUCAUAAGCGCAGCAAGAGCUCUGGAGAUCGAGUGCAUUUUGAACCAACAAAAUCGAUAUUUCCACUUCAAUCUUUCGUCUACUCGACUCCUUCUGGCGUCAUCCUUCAGAAUACUAAGACAAAAUUUUUCAUUGGUCUGCAUCACUCGGGUCUCAUUGUAUUUUGGGGUCAAUUGCGUGUCGAAAUACUUUCUUGGCAUCGUAUUCUCAAACUUGAACAGAAGGGGUUGGUCAUUCGAGUGUUUUCAAGAUAUGGCCAGCUUUUCGGCUCAGCACGUUCGCUUUAUUUUUAUUUAAAUGACAUUUUUAGCACAAGCUUCCAUUUGUGUCAUCCUUACAUUCUUGUUGCAUUAGAGGUUCAUAGUACUGCUUGA